AUGGAACGUGUUCGUAGAAAAUUGAAUUUUAAAGGAAUGGUGGCUGUAGAUUGUGAAGGGGAGGGACGAGGAAGGCGGGGUGGCUUAGCCUUAUUGUGGCAUGAGGAGUGGGAGGUAAAGGUCCAACAUUUCUCGCUCCAUCAUAUUGAUGCGCUUAUAGCGAGUGCGAUAAUGCCAGAAUGGCGCUUUACCGGUAUUUAUGGAUGGCCCGAGGAAGUUAAUAAGGUGAAAACAGGUGAGUUGAUGGUUAACCUUCAUGAUGGGACUGGAGUUCCAUGGCUGUGUGGAGGAGAUCUUAACCUGAUGAUGUGGUCCAAUGAGAAACAGGGAGGAAGUGAAUUUCGAUAUGAAGAUGCGGCAAUUCUCAGAAAUGCCAUGGACGUGUGUCAGCUUGAUGAUAUGCAUUAUGUGGGCCACCCCUUCACCUGGACGAACAACCAAGGGGGAGAAAAAAAUCUUCAAGAGAGGUUGGAUCGUUGUUGCGCGAAUCAAGAGUGGAAAGAUAUCUUUGGGGGAUCUUUUGUGACACAUUUGGAGAAGCGAAGAUCGGACCAUCUGCCCAUAUUGAUGACCCUUCGAACAAGCUUAACUACUCCGCGGGACCGGAAAAAAACUCGCAUUUUUCGAUUUGAGGAGAUGUGGACCAAAGACGGUGCAUGUGACGAUAUCAUAAAGGCAGCGUGGUGUAAGGGAGCAGAUGCUAAAGAAAACUUGGUACGAACAGCAACAAAACUGCGAGAAUGGAGUAAAGGAAAGUUCGGGCAUUUUGCGAAAGAAAUGCGUGGAUACCAGGACCAAAUGCGAUCCUUGAUGGAGGGUCCACAAACACCGGAAGCCAUCGCCCAAAUGCGCAUGAUAGAUGCUCGUAUGGAUGAAAUGGAAAGUCGGGAAGAGGUGUAUUGGAGACAAAGAAGUAGACAAGAUUGGCUUAAGUAUGGAGACCGCAAUACAAAAUUUUUCCAUGCCAAAGCAAAACAACGUCAAACUCGGAAUUCCAUUACAAAAAUUACAGAUGCGGGGGGCAUAGAAUAUGAGGAGGAAACUGAGAUUGCGGAAGUGCUCACCCAACACUUUGAGACCCUCUUUAGUGCUAAUGAUUGUGUGGAGAUGGACCCGGUUUUAGAAAUUAUUAAAGAGAAGGUGCCGACAGGUUUACAAGAGAUGUUAAAGGCGGAGUAUACACGUGAGGAAGUUCAGGAGGCCCUAUCACAGAUGCAUCCUACAAAAGCUCCAGGUCCCGAUGGUAUGUGUGCUCUUUUUUAUCAAAAGUUCUGGGAUAUUGUUGGGUUAGAUGUAACUGAGAAGGUUUUAGAUAUCUUAAACCAUGGUGGGGAUGUGAGGCCUUUAAACCAUACGCAUAUAGUCUUAAUUCCAAAAAAGAAAGUGUGUGAAUCCCCUGUUGAUUUUAGACCUAUUAGCCUCUGCAAUGUACUGUAUAAGUUGGUGUCAAAAGUCCUAGCAAAUAGAUUAAAAAGAGUUUUGCCUGUUGUUAUUCAUGAGUCACAGAGUGGUUUUGUACCGGGGAGAUUGAUAACAGAUAAUAUUCUUGUGGCCUAUGAGUGUUUUCAUUUUUUGAGAAAGAAGAAAAAGGGCAAAACUGGGUAUAUGGGACUUAAGCUGGACAUGAGUAAGGCGUAUGAUAGAGUGGAGUGGGAUUUCCUGGAACAAAUGAUGCUUAAGUUGGGUUUUCCGGUGAAUUUUGUGCAUCUCAUUAUCUCAUGUGUGAAAACAUCAUCCUUCUCUCUUCUUGUGAAUGGACAACCAGCUCGACGUUUUACUCCAUCAAGGGGGCUCAGGCAAGGGGACCCCCUCUCUCCGUUCUUAUUUAUUAUAUGUGCGGAGGGACUCUCCUCUCUCUUACGAGAUGCGGAGGCCAAGAGAGAAAUCCAUGGGUUAAAGAUAGGGAAGAGAGUCAAUUCGAUCUCGCACCUAUUCUUUGCAGAUGACAGCUUACUGUUCACUAGAGCGAAUGAAGAGGAAGUUGAAAAGAUAUUAGACAUUCUGGGCACCUAUGAGGCAGCGUCAGGGCAAAAAUUGAAUAUGGAAAAAUCGCAAGUUUCUUUCAGCCGAAACAUUGAGCAAGAGAAGCAAGAUACCCUUCAGAUGAAGUUAACUUUUAAGGCGGUGGAAGAGCAUGAAAAGUAUUUGGGAUUACCAACCUACAUUGGUAGCUCAAAGAAGCGAGUUUUUCAGUGUAUUCAAGAAAGAGUUCUGAAAAAGCUAAAGGGGUGGAAAGAAAGUUUUUUAUCACAAGCGGGGAGAGAGGUGUUAAUUAAAGCAGUCGCACAAGCCAUCCCCACAUAUGCGAUGCAAUGUUUCAACAUACCGGUGAGUAUCCUGAAUGAGAUUGAAAAAUUAUGUAGAAGUUUUUUCUGGGGGCAGAAGAAGGAAGAAAAGAAAAUGGCUUGGGUGGCUUGGGAAAAAAUGUAUGGUUCGAAGAAUGAAGGGGGGCUAGGUAUGCGAAACCUUGUGGUGUUCAAUAAAGCUAUGUUAGCGAAGCAAGCGUGGAGAGUCCUAAAAUACCCGGAGUCGUUAAUGGCAAAGGUGUUAAAGAACAAAUAUUUCCCUAACACAACUUUAAUGAAGGUAAAGGUAAGUCCAAUGGCGAGUUUCACGUGGAAAUCCAUCCUAUCGGCUCGCGAUUUACUUGACAAGGGCAUCCGGAAAGUGGUGGGGAAUGGUCUGCACAUUGAUAUAUGGGAUGACCCCUGGGUACCUACACUGCCUAGAUACCGUGUUAUACCACAAGAAAGGAGAGAUAAUAGGCCACAAAUGGUGAACGAGUUUAUAGGAGAGCGGGGUUGGCAAAAGGGGGAACUUGAGAGGUGGCUAUCAAAAUGGGAAGUGGAUGAAAUUAUGCGUAUCCCUUUGCCGAUACGACACUGUGAAGAUAAAUGGUGUUGGUCUCACACGAAAAAUGGAGAAUUCUCGGUCCGAAGCGCUUAUUAUGUGGAGUUAGCACAAAGGAAAACUAACAAAGCCACGGCGUCAACUGAUGUUACAAAGCAGGUCUGGAAAAAACUAUGGUCUGCACUUGUCCCAAAUAAAGUGCGGCAUUUUGGGUGGAAAGCACUGCAUAACGGGCUACCAAUGCGCGACAAUCUCUCACGAAGGGGCUGUGUGGUGGAUAAUAUAUGUCCUAUGUGUGGAAGUGAUGUGGAGACGCCCUUUCAUGCACUGGUUUUGUGCCCCUCUGCUCAGGUAGUAUGGAAGAUCUCUCCUUUAAGACUCGUGUUCAAGGAGGGUAUGGGCACUUCUAUCAUGGAGUGGGUAGCAUGUUUGAUCCUUAAGUAUACGGAUGAAGCAUGGUGGGCGCUCUUUUGGAGCCUCCUAUGGGGUAUUUGGCUGGCACGAAACUCGUGGGUAUUUGAAAACCGGAAACUCGAUGCUAUGACAGUAGUGGAACGAGCGCAAUGUAGGGUGGGAGAAUUUCAGGAAGCACAGGACAACGACAAGGUGGCCUCGCUGGUAUGUAGAGGUGGAGAAAACCGAUGGAAAGCCCCGAGUGAUGGAUGGUUCAAGGUCAACUCGGACGCAGCGGUGUUUGAAGAUGGUACAAUCGGUUGUGGGGGGAUUAUGAGAGACUGGCUGGGGGAAGUUAUGGCAGCCACGGUGUGGUUGGGAAAUGGAGGAAUGGCAGUGGAUGAAGCGGAGGCUGUCGCCCUUCGUCAUGCUGUAGAAAUCGCCAUUGAAGCGGGCCUUCGAGACCUUGUUGUGGAGAGUGACAACCUGAAGCUUAUCAACCAUCUUAAAAAAGGGAUGAAGGAAAAUACUAGCUUUGGUAAUAUUGUAGCGGACAUUUUAAAUCUUGUGUGUGUUUGUCGUAGGUUAAUUUUUAAUCAUGUUGGUAGGAAUGGAAAUCGAGCUGCUCAUAAACUUGCUCACCUAAGCAGGGAGUACAGUGAGAUGAGAGUGUGGAUUGAAGAAGUUCCCCCGGGAGUAUUGGGGGAUGUAAUGUUUGAUUUAAGUAAUUUGAAUGUGUAA